AUGUCAUGCUUUUUUGUUUUGAUUCUUCCUCCAAAUAUAUGGAAGCGUUUGCUUGCAAAAAACUUUAUAAACGUAGAAAACGAUGUGCAACUGGCCGCUUUUGUUGGUGCAUACCACAUGAUAAUCGAGCCCGGAGAAAAUCCCACGCGUAAUCUCAAACCCGCACGCAGGACGCCAUCAAAAGGGUAUUUGGUUACUACCGGCUCGGCUCAGGUUCUGAGACCUAUUGAUGCUGGUGGCGAAAGUCGCGUCGUUCAACGCUACUUGAAAAAUCCCGUCACCGACGACGGUCGUAAAAUUGACUGCCGUUGUAUCGUCCUUUUCACCGAAGCAACUCCUGGCCAACCUCGCCUGUACAUCCACAAUCGAGUGUACUUUCGUAUUACCCAGAAGUCUCAUUCGAUUUCGACACCUCGUGAUUGUGUGAAUCCGGAAUCUGUCUUGAGCGCCAUUCACUUGCUCGACAGCGAAGCUCGGUCGAGAGACGAUGAUAUCCAGAUUCUUCCUGUUGACCCCAAACCUGUCGCCAAAUUGGUGCAAAAUGACAAUGCAUUUUAUUGA